AUGGAGAUGGAAGAAGGUUUUGGUCGUAACAAAAAGCAAACAACAAUUUGCGUAAACAGUCUUCACGGGACUGGAGAUAGGAAUGCGGAGCAAAGGGGUAUAUCAGACACUUGGAUCGGUGUUAUAAACGGGUUAUCAAGAUUCAAACCAAAAUACGUGCUCAAAGGAUGUGUAUUUUUGUUCGGGGUGUCAAUCAUCGGAUUCGGGUCACUUGAAUGGUGCUAUUCGGCAACUUUCUUCAUACCGAUCGCAAUAUGCAUACAAUUGAUGGUUGGCUUUCAAAUGGGAACUUAUUUUACAACAUGUUAUACAAUCAUUUGUCUCGAGUUCACCAAAAAUCUGGCCUCAGCAAAAAUCGAGGUCUAUUACUCGAUCGGGCUGAUAAUAGGGCCGCCAUUGGCUGGCUUUGUGUUUCAGUUGGGCGAAAUAUAUGGUGUGGGCUUUUGUGUGCCGUUUUACGUGUUUGGCAUAAUCGCUAUAUUCUCGUCGAAUAAUAUAGGAAAUGUAACGUACCGUCAGCUGCUGUCAAACGUGGGAAUUAUGAUCAAUGUAUUGAUUACUAUGAAUGCCGGCGCUCUCAUUGGCUUUAACACAACAACACUGGAGUUACACCUCGAAGAUAUUGCCUCAUUAUCGUCAUCGAUGGUCGGUCUGGUAUUCUUGAUAUCCGGCGUAUCUCUCGUUGUAUUCAAUCAUAUUUGGGAACAUUUGGCCGAAAAGAUAUCAAACAAAUUUGUGAUCAGUUUAAUCGGCUGUUUCUCGGCGUUGGUUUGCCUCACAAUCAUAGGCCCAAUACCUAUGAUUGAGAUCGAGCCACAACUAUAUUUGGUAAUCAUAUCACAAGUGUUGCUCGGCCUGGGAAUCAGCGCUAUACUGGUUGGCACAUUCGCUCAGGGCUCUCGGGAGACCAUAAGAGGAGGUCUGACAGAGAGCUCGUCGACAACAGCAGUGGUCUCAUCGCUGUUCACAACAUUUGAAGCAUUAGGGGAUGCGAUCGGACCGGUAGUCGGCGGAACCUUAAUGGAAAGUUAUGAUUACUCAUGGUCGUCGUUUCCCUUUUUUGCAUUUCAACUAUUUUUGAUGGGUGCUAUAAUCGUGUUUUGCAUGUGGCGAUCAUUCAGCAAGAGUGACCAGGAUGAUUUUUCACUGGACGGAAGUAGUAUUAGUUCGGCUGAUAGUGAAUAUAUUGACGCUAAGAAAAUACGAAAAACUGGAUCUAUGAGUGUUCACGUGGUCCGCAUGUAAAUUAAUUGAGCAUAAUUAUUUUAAUGGAGC